AUGCCGCCUGCUACGGCCGCUUUUCACGACGCCAUGUUCAAUGCUUUUGGUAUCCCUAACGGAACCUUUGAAGCAUUCCGGCUCCAAACAUGCUCUUCACCACCCAGGAACACAAACUUUCCCGUGCUGCUCUUCUCCACGGGAUCUGGAGGCUCUCGCCUGAUAUAUAACGUACUCUGUCAGUGGGUGGCGUCUAUGGGAUUUAACGUCAUCUCAAUUGAUCAUACGUAUGAUGCCGGGAUCGUGGAGUUUCCAGAUGGAACCGUCAUUCUGGGCGCCAAUAUCACCCUGCCAGACGACCUGGCAGAAGUUACUUCACUCAGAGUUGCAGAUAUUGGCUCCGUGCUAAACGCUCUGUCCAACUCGACUUUGACGAAGCAACUCGGCAUCCCAUCUUUCAACAUCAGUCGUGUGGGGAUAUUUGGACAUUCGCUCGGUGGUGCAACUGCUGCAAACGCAAUGCUGGUGAAGCCGAGACUUGCGAGCGGUCUGAAUAUGGAUGGCAGUGUGUAUGGUCCUGCGAUGAAUCAAACCAACACAAAACCUUUCACUAUUUUUGCGGCACAGAGGCAUAACCAGAGCACCGAUGCCACAUGGGCUGCUUUUUGGCAAGAGUUGAAGGGAUUGAAAUUGCAACUACAAGUCAAUAAUACAGAACAUGGGACAUUCACGGAUUAUCCGAUCCUGGCCAAAAGCCUCGGGAUCAACGCGACUAUCCUUCCGCCGGUUACGGACUUAAUCGGGACCAUUGAUGGAGUUCGGAUACUAGAUAUCCUUCGCAGAUAUAUUGGCGGGUUUUUCCAGGAGACUUUGGAGGUGCAAAAGGUCAAACUAAUCCAGGGACCGAGCCCGCAAUUUCCGGAGGUUGCUUUUGUGAACAGUUCUCUGACUUCACAUACAUAA